AUUGUUAUCCUCACUCCUCAGCACAAGCCAUUUCCACUCCUGUGUUCAGUCGUCUUGGUGAGAUCAAACGGGGAGUAUGGUCUGUGCGUGAAAGUGUUCAGCUGAUCGUGUUUGACGUUUGACAUGUUGAUGUUGGGAAGAAUAAGCAAUCUGUGUAACAAGUGAAGUUUUAUUCAUUGCAGUUCAUAUCGAAGAAUUAGAUUUCCUUUAAAAUGUUUUCAGGAUUAACAAAUCAAGUGAGUAAUUGGAUGGGAAGUGGAGGCAAAAAGCCAGAUGGUGAAAUACCAAAGACAGAAGAAGAUCAAUCAUCACCAGUUGUUGAUAAUUCUGUUGGUGGAUUAGAAUCUGAUAAGAAAGAUACGAGCCCAACAAAAGGAGGAAGCCGUUUGGAUAUGCUUGGAAACUUAGGCAGUGUAAAAACACAAAUGACAAGUUGGCUCGGGAGUGCAAGUAUUCCUAGCUUCCGCAAAGGGGAUGGAACAGCUGAUGGCUCUGAGACGUUAGAUAAUCCACCCUUGGGUGUCGAAUCACCAGCUUCUGAGAAAUCUGUUAAAGGUUCCCCAAUGGAGAAAGAUGAAGACGACAAUUCAAG